AUGGUCCUUUCGACCCAUCCAUUUUUUCUAUCAACAACUACUCAUAACUUAAUCAUGAAUUCAAUGACUCAUUCAACUAUUGCUCGACCCAUACCUGUAAAUCCUCGAUCAACAACGGAUGUAAAACAAUCAGCAACAUGGUCACCAUUAGAUCGUUUGCAUACUGAAACUAUUAUCCGUCAGAAAGCUUUACAAAUCUUACAGGCACAGUUUUCUCUAUUAUCAUCACCACCAGCACCUUUGCCUCCUAUUCCACCGUCAUCUUUUCAUCCUCCAUCAUUUGCUGCAGCGUUAUCAUCUGCAAGUUCAACUACAAACUCAUCAGUGCCAACAAAAGAAUCAUCCGAUAAAUGGUGGAGUGUUAAUGAACACGCAUCCAGUUUGUUCGGCUCUGUAACUCGUCGAUGCAAACGUUGUCGCUGUCCGAACUGCAUAAAUCAGCCCUCAUCUCUACUAGCCGAUUCGUCAACAUCGAAACGGCAACAUAUCUGUCACAUAUGUAAAAAAAUUUAUGGAAAAACAUCACAUUUGAAAGCACACCUUCGCUGGCAUGCUGGUGAACGUCCAUUUCGUUGUACUUGGCUCUUUUGUGGCAAAGCAUUUACACGUUCUGACGAACUGCAGCGUCAUUUACGUACACAUACUGGCGAAAAACGUUUUGUUUGUCCGAAGUGUGGCAAACGCUUCAUGCGAUCCGAUCAUUUAUCCAAACAUUCGAAAACACAUGAAAUAUCUUUAACAACGAGAAGGGAUCAGUCGUCGCUCGAGCUACUUGACAAUACUAUUGGCACAAGUAGUAUCAGUAGUGAUGAGAUUUCCUCACAUGAAGAUGAUGAGAUUAUCGAUGUGCAAUAUUGA